CCAGCGCCGAGACCGGCGACGUGACGUCGUGGCCCCGCCUCCUGCUUUCACUUCUCCUCGGGCACGCGCGGGGCUGGCCGCCUCCUUCCUUGUCUUCCCGCUCGGGGUAUUUCCCCUCCCCCAGUGUUCCUCCUCCUCUCGUGCGACCCCCUGCCGGGAGCUGUGGGUUGCGGGCUGGGAGGGGGGGUCCCGAUGAAACGUAAGCUCCCUGAGGACAGAGCCCGUUUUCCGUUUGUCUCUGCUUCCCGGGGCCGCUGGUUUGUAAGUUCUGUAACUUUGCAGCCGGGAGGGACCCCCAAAGUUAUCCAGCCCAGAGCCCGCGUUUGCUGGGGAGCAGCCUGGGGCCCAGGAAGGUGCCUCCCAAUCUCAGUUUCCUCAUCUGUAAAAUCAGGCUCUUAAUAGGUGGUUGGGGGCUCGGUGGCCAUAACCUAUGCACAGCAUUUGGCCAACCUGAAAGCGAUGUAGCAGAGUUAUGGGUAUUUUAUUAAUGAAAGAAAAGUGAUCAGACCACUAACUAUGGAUGAACCGGAAGCUUGCAGGUCACCCUCCCGAGCUGGCCCUGGGACCCUUAGGAAGAAAGCUGCAUCGGGACCCCAGAGGAUCCAAGCCAGGACGAACCCCGAGGACCCACUUGACUCAUCCAGACCCAUGAUUCUGCGUUCAGGGAAAGUGACAGUCCUAUCUCCCCAACCACUGGGAGAUCCUAAUGUCCUGGAGGAAGAUAGAUGGCCCUCUGUCAGACCAUGCUGGCAACUCCAGAAGUCGAGAGAGGCUUCAAGGCCACUGGAGAGAAACUGGGGGUAUGAGGUCAAUACCCAAGAGGCCAGUGGUGAGGUCCAUGUGCCCAAUCUGGGGCAGUGCCAGGCAUUGGCCCAGGAAUCAUCAAACAAGGAGAAAUGGGCAAAAGCAUUUGAAGAAGCUCCCCAGGUCUCUUGGAGUCAGCCUAUAAUCCCAACCCUCUAUUUCUCUGCUCUCCCUGAGGAUGAGACCUUCCCCUGUCCCCUCUCCCUCACCCCCUGUCCUCUAUACCGAAGGAGACUCUGGCCCCGGAAGCUAAAUAUCCCUCCAAAGACCCGGAGCAUACCAGAUAGCACAUUGGUCCUGGAGUUGGAUGAGAUCCUGGUCUCUUGCUCCCUUCGGACUCUGCCCAAUGCUCACUUCUCCUUCCCUGUGAGAUUCCAAGGUAUCUAUUACAAGGUGCAGGGCAGGCUUCGGCCCCAUGCCCGUGAAUUCCUGGAGUUCCUGAGUCAGUUCUUCCAGAUCAUUAUCUUCACCACAGCUAAAAGGGACUAUGCAGAACCAAUCGCAGACCUUCUGGAUCCCCACAAGAAGCUGAUUAGGGGCCGCCUUUUCCAGGAUGACUGCAUCUGCCUCCAAGGUCACUAUGUAAAGGACCUGAGGGUGCUGGGGCAGGACCUGGCCCGGACUGUGGUGCUGACUGAUUCCUUCAAGGCCUUCCCCUACCAGCAUUCAUUCGCAGAUUUGCUUCUGACUUGGGGUAUCAGCAGUAGGGAUUACAGUUAAGCUGGAGAGAGUCCAGAGGAGGACAGAUGGGAUGAGGAAAGGUCUGAAAUUUUCAUCAGUGGAAAUAACUGGACAUAUGUAACCUGGAGAAGAGAAGACUGAAGGGGCUCCCAAGAACUGAUUUAAGUAUUUGGAGAGCUGUCAUGUGGAGAAGAGAAUAAUUUUGUCCUGUUUGUCUCCAGGAAGCAGUAGGAGGAAUAAAUGGAAACUGAAGGGAGAAUUUAGUUUGGAGGUCGCUGGGACCUGUCUAGAAUAGAAAGUGACCUUGAAGGUCUACAAGCAGAGACUGGACAACCUCAUGUCCUGUGUGAUGGAUAUGAGUUCAAGUGGGCAGCUGCUGACAUCCCUUCCAAUGUUCAGAUUGUGCAAGAUAUACAAUCUGUCCCCAAAGGACAGUUGUUCUAAGACUUUUUUGUCUAUCAUGGAAAAACUUUGGAAAAAAUAUUUGUGCCAGCAAGGGGAUUUCAGAAAGGCCUAGAGAGACUUACAUGAACUAAUGCUGAGUGAAAUGAGCAGGACCAGGAGAUCAUUAUACACUUCAACAACAAUACUAUAUGAUGAUCAAUUCUGAUGGACGUGGUCCUCUUCAACAAUGAGAUGAACCAAAUCAGUUCCAGUAGAGCAAUAAUGAACUUAAUCAGCUACAACCAGUGAAAGAACUCUGAAGAUGACUAUGAACCACUACACAGAACCCUCUAUUUUUGUCUGCCUGCAUUUUCGAUUUCCUUCACAGGCUAAUAGUGCACUAUUUCAAAGUCUGAUUCUUUUUGUACAGCAAAAUAACUGUUUGGGCAUGUAUACUUAUAUUGUAUUUAAUUUAUACUUUAAUAUAUUUAACAUGCAUUGGUCAACCUGCCAUCUGGAAAAGGGGAUGGGGAGAAGAAGGGGAAAAAUUGGAACAAAAGUUUUGGUAAUUUUCAAUGCUGUAAAAUUAACCAUGCAUAUACCUUGUAAAUUAAAAACUAUUAAAAAAUAAAAGUAAAUAAAAAUA